AUGGCGGCUGUCAAUACCGAGCUGCUUGCGCAACUUGCUGCCACUCCACUCAAGGAAUCGAUCCCUGCCGAGGCACUCCAAGACGCCCUCUCGCGACCGCCUUUUGUCGCCUUGCCCGGAUCAUUCAAUGUUCGUGAUGUAGGAGCCUACUCGGCCGGGUAUGUCAAGCCCCGAGUUAUCUUCCGGUCAGGCAUGCUGGACAAUAUCCCAGAAGCGAGUUGGCCCAUCUUGAGGAGCGAACUUGGCCUCUCCAAGAUCUACGACUUCCGUCGUGCGGACGAGGUUAGAGUCCCUCUCUGUAACACGGACGGCAUCGAUGUUAUUUCCUGUCCCUACAACGAUGGCUCAAAGGACGCCCCGGACUUUGUAUCCGCCGUCUUCGCCAUCUCGAAUAGCGCCACUGUGGAUAAGGCGUACGCCGAUUUGUACGAUGUUAUCCUCAGAGGCCAUGUGUCGGGCUACAAGCAAGUCUUUGAGAAGCUCAAGACCGCGAAGGAAGAUGACGCUGUCCUCUUCCAUUGCACCGCUGGAAAGGACCGCACUGGAAUUAUGACAGCCCUGAUCUUUGAUCUGGUUGGAGCUCCUAACGAUGUCAUCGCAAAUGAAUAUGCGCUCACAAGAAUCGGCCUCGAGCCCCACCGAGAGAAGUUCCUUCCACAUAUCAUCAAGAGCUAUGGCAAAGACAAGUCAGCGGCAAACCCGGAUGGCACCUUGAGUGAAGAGGAUAUAGCCAAGCUUACCCAUCUGCUUGGUUCUUACAAGGAGGUCAUGGCCGCCUUCCUUGAACGCCUCAAGGAGGAGUAUGGGGGUGCAGAGGGCUACGUCAAGAACCAUCUCGGGUUAUCAGACGACGAUAUCAAUGAAAUCCGAACGAACCUGAGGCCAACCGCAUAA